GAGAGAGAGAGAGAGAGAGAGAGAGAAGACGAGGUCGGCGGGGUCGCACUUGCCCCGCACCGCUCCUCCUCUUCUCUUGUUUAUUGGCCCGGGCGCGGGCGGGCACCGACGCAACGCCGGGAGGAGAGGACAAGCCGGAGGGAGCCCCGACCCCGCCAAAAAUAGCAGGAGGGAGGGGGCAGGGCCACCCAUGGGCAUCAAGCAGGUCCUCGUCCGCCGCCGCCGCCACGACGACGACGACGACGAUGACGGCGGCAGCAGCACCGGCAGCGCCGCUGCCCGCGAGGAAGUGCUGCUCGACCAGUCGCCCUCGCCGCCGCCCAUGUCGUCCUGCGGCCGCUACCUCCUGCACCGCGUCUGCAGGUUUGACACCCUCGCCGGCGUCGCCAUCAAGUACGGCGUCGAGGUGGCGGACGUGAAGCGCGCCAACGGCCUCACCACCGACCUGCAGAUGUUCGCGCACAAGACGCUCCGGGUUCCGCUCCACGGCAGGCACCCGCCCGCCGCCGCCACUUCUCCUCCCUCCUCCUCCCCGAGCCACGCCGAUCGCGCCAGGUAUACUCCAUGCUUUAUCUGCAGUAACAAUAUGGUUUGUUUCAGAGUGUGGACUAUGCGUCGCCCUCCCAAAAAUGCUGCUUCUUUGGAUCCAUCCCUUAAACCGCCGCGGAGCACAGUUUCAUCGUCCAUGAGCCUCUUGCAGGGAUACUAUGGCCUCACACCAACUCCAAAGGAGAACCUUACCAAUGAAGGCACUGAAAUGGCGACGUACAUUAAAGGUCAUCAUAGGAAAGCUAGAAGCUUAUCUAGCAGCUUCUCUCUUGAGAAUGGAGAUUCAAAUAGGGAGACUGAUGAUGCUGAAAAGCCCAUAAGGCGGCGCCAGAAAGCCGAUGUUGAGCUGACAACAAGGGAGGACAAUGGCGGUAGCCUGUUGGCGAGGGCCGGGCAGGGUUUAGCCAUGAGGCCAAAGUCUGGCAGUCGGGCAGAUAUGAACAGUAGCCAGCAAGAUCUCUUGGCGACGUGGAUGCCUUCUUACGGGGACGGAUUGCACGCUGUGAAGAAAUCAUUGAGCACUCCAGAGUUCCAAGAUUCAGACAGCAUCAGCAUUGCGUCGGUAUGGUUGAAGAGCAAGUGGAACCUGAAACCAGAUGUGUUCACCCUCACCCUUCCUCUCCCGCUAUUCGACGGCAUCCCGAAGCCUCUCUUCGACAGCAUCCCAAAGCCCCUCCUUGACAACAUUCCGAAUUCGAUUGCUGCUUGGAGAAACAAGGCUGCCAAAGAUUAGUGAGGUUCAUAGCUUUGUUACUACAUGCCUUAUACUUAUUGGUUGUUUUUUGGUAUCUUAGUGGAGGUGCAGGAAGGCCCUGGAAGAGUUGGUUUGUACUGUACCUCCUCAGUCCCCGGCCACACAAGGGACGAUGGACACUGCUAAGGCAGGGAUGAUGCUGCAAUGGCAUGAUGGAUGCAGUGAUACAUAGCUCCCACAUACAUACUGUACUGAAUCUGCUGUGCCAAGGCGGCGGCGGCAGCAGAUGUUUUCGUCGUUAUAAGUUAAAGUUGAGAGUUGAGCCUUGUGGGGUAUUCUUUUGUACACAUAUAGGAAAGAAGGUAAACGCCAAGCAGCAUGUGUAUUGGCCCUAUGCACAAAUAAAGAAAUGGCUUUGUUCAUUCCA